GGGACUUCCUCUCUCCUGCGGAUGCGACAUCAGGGCUGAAGCAGGCAGAAAGGGCUUGGUCGGGGUGUCACCGGGUCCCGAUCCGUGCGUCUCUCUCCGGACGGCAGAUAUCCCAGCCGAACUGGACGCCGCUGUCGCCGCAGCUGGAAGCCCCCCGUAGAGGAGCCUCCUCCUCGGCUAUGCUGCCCUGAGAACGCCGCGACCACCCGCCUCGCCAAAAUGUCUGAUGUCAACAAGACUGUUCAGAAAUGGCACGCCAGUUUUAAGAAAGGCACAGACUUUGACUCGUGGGGGCAAUUAGUGGAGGCGAUAGAUGAGUACCAAAUUCUAGCCAGACAACUACAAAAGGAGGUCCAGUCUACAAAUUCUUCAGACUUCACAGAGGAGCAGAAGAAAAACUUAGGAAAGAUUGCAACAUGCCUAGAGAUGAGAAGUGCCAGUUUGCAGUGCACCCAGUCAAAGGAGGAGUUCAAGUUAGAGGACCUGAAGAAACUGGAGCUCAUAAUCAAGAACAUACUCACCUAUAACAAAGAAUUUCCCUUCGAUGUCCAGCCAGUGCCAUUAAGGAAAAUUCUGGCUCCGGGUGAGGAGGAGAACUUGGAGCUGGAGGCAGAGGACGAUGCUGCUGCAGGAGCAGGAUCGACAGGAACAUUCCCACCAAGAGCUCCCGGUACUCUGUUGCCGCGGUUACCGUCAGAACCCGGGAUGACGCUACUCACACUAAGAAUAGAGAAAAUUGGGCUGAAGGACGCCGGCCAGUGCAUCGACCCGUACAUGAGCAUCAGCGUCAAAGAUGUGAAUGGAGUUGAUCUGAACCCAAUGCAGGACACUCCCGUGGCCACCAGGAAGGAAGACACGUACAUUCACUUCAGCGUGGACAUAGAAAUUCAGAGGCAUGUAGAGAAAUUACCAAAAGGAGCAGCUAUCUUCUUUGAAUUCAAGCACUACAAGCCCAAAAAGAGGUUCACCAGCACAAAAUGCUUCGCCUUCAUGGAAAUGGACGAGAUCAAACCCGGACCGAUUGUCAUUGAACUGUACAAGAAGCCAACGGACUUUAAGAGGAAGAAACUGCAGCUGCUCACAAAGAAGCCGCUUUAUCUCCACCUCCAUCAGACGCUGCACAAGGACAGCUAAGCCCCGUCUCGCCGUUUAAUCUCACUGCAUAUCCAGGGAAACGUGGUGUUCCUCCUCAUCGCCACAUUCAGCAAUACCAAAUGAAGGCCGAGGUGUGAAGAAAGUAAAAGGAUCCGAUCUCCUCACAUGGAUUUUAUGAAUUUAAGUGCUUUUUUUUGGCUUCUGUUACAGAGUCCUAUUAAUAUACUUUAAACCAGCAGAAACAUUUUAAAGCAGUUUAAGACGCCUCAUGUAGCUCUCUGAUUUUUCUUUUCAGGUGGAGUCACUGCAGGUACUUCUGGUAUGUUUUGUUAUGUGACAAAACUCUGGACUUUAAAACACAAAAAACCCCCCAGCAAAACAUUAACUCCUUAAUCCAACCACUGUUUUGGGAAAACUUUCAUCCUCUUCCUGGAAUAUUUAGUUUGUUCAAUUUAGUGUUUAUUCUUUGACUGCUGCUGAAUGUGUCUGGAGAAGGGGUUCAAACGGAGGCAUUUAAUCGGGAUUGACGCCACUGAAAACACAGUACUGGGUUUACAAGGAGUCAGCAACAACAGAUGAUUGUGAAGCUGUCAAAGUUUAAGCAGAUAUGGCACAAUUCCCUUAAAUAAUUAGAAAACAAAAGCUGCCGAAAGUGGGCAAAACUGUACUUAACUGACAGGAUUUGCUGUAGCAUCCUAGAAUUGUAUAAAACUCCACAAUAUGUUGGUAUUUUUAACUUCUCAAAUAGAGAUAGACACCUAAAAUUAUAAAACUUCUCACUAUACUAACAGUAUGAUGUUGUGAAAAAGUAUUUCUCCCCUUAUAGAUUUUCUCAAACUAAUUUUCAAGCAAAGAUGAAUAAAAACAAAAAGCAUUUUUUUUUUU